CGGGCUCACCUUGGAAAUCGCGUCAACCGCCGAACAUACCUUCGCCUACAUCCCCAACAUCCGCGAGUGAAGAACGGCGACGAGGAUUCCCCCCCCGCAGGGCUGCAUCCCCUUAAGCUGUUCAUGCCGGAUAAAGUUUAUGAGCAGCGUGGCAGAGGAGAGGGGACAACGACUCGCCUCCAAAUACCUUUCGAUAAACUUAUCGGGAAGUCGCUCCUCGCCGUCUGAAAUGGGCACAUUGCGUGACCUCCAGUACGCGCUCCAGGAGAAGAUCGAGGAGCUGCGGCAGAGGGACGCGCUCAUCGACGAGUUGGAGCUGGAGCUCGACCAGAAAGACGAGCUUAUACAGAGACUACAGACCGAGCUGGACAAAUACCGUUCCGUUAUCAAACCGGCAACCCAGCAGGUCCACAAGCAGAAUGAGCUGCACGACCAGCAGCGGACGAAGAGGCAGGCAAUUUCGGCCGAACCCACAGCCUUCGACAUCCAGGAUCUUAGCCAUGUCACCCUACCUUUCUACCCCAAAAGCCCACAGUCCAAGGAUCUGAUCAAGGAGGCCAUCUUGGACAACGACUUCAUGAAGAACCUGGAGCUGUCGCAGAUUCAAGAGAUCGUGGACUGCAUGUACCCCGUGGACUAUGGGAAGGACAGCUGCAUCAUUAAGGAAGGCGAUGUGGGCUCACUGGUCUACGUUAUGGAAGAUGGGAAGGUGGAGGUGACGAAGGAGAGCCUGAAGCUCUGCACCAUGGGGCCAGGAAAAGUGUUUGGAGAGCUCGCUAUUCUCUACAACUGCACCAGGACCGCCACCGUCAAGACUCUAACAAAUGUGAAGCUGUGGGCCAUCGACCGGCAAUGUUUUCAGACCAUCAUGAUGAGGACGGGUCUUAUCAAGCACAAAGAGUACAUGGAGUUUCUGAAAAGUGUUCCCACAUUCCACGACUUGCAGGAAGAUAUUCUUAGCAAGCUUGCCGAUGUCCUUGAGGAGACACAUUAUGGAGAUGGAGAGUACAUCAUCAGACAGGGGGCCAGAGGAGACACCUUCUUCAUCAUCAGUAAGGGAAAGGUUAAUGUGACCAGGGAAGACGUGCCCAAUGGAGAGCCCGUCUACCUGCGCAGCCUCGGAAAAGGAGACUGGUUUGGAGAGAAAGCGCUGCAAGGGGAGGACAUCAGGACAGCCAACGUCAUCGCAGCCGAGGCAGUCACCUGUCUCGUCAUCGAUAGAGAUUCAUUCAAGCACCUGAUUGGAGGUUUGGAGGAUGUGUCCAAAAUAGGCCUCGAGGAUGCUGAUGCCAAAGCCAGAUACGAAGCAGAGAAUGCCUUUUUCUUCAACCUCAACCUCGCUGACUUCAACAUCAUCGACACUCUGGGAGUCGGUGGAUUUGGCCGCGUUGAGCUGGUUCAGCUCAAGAGCGACGAGAACAAAACCUACGCCAUGAAGAUCCUGAAGAAGCGGCACAUCGUCGACACGAGACAGCAGGAGCACAUUCGUUCAGAGAAACUCAUCAUGCAGGAGGCGCACUCUGACUUCAUCGUGAGACUCUAUAGAACAUUCAAGGACAGCAAGUACCUCUACAUGUUGAUGGAGGCCUGUUUAGGAGGAGAGUUGUGGACCAUUCUUCGAGACCGGGGUUCAUUUGAGGACUCCACCACCAGGUUUUACACGGCGUGUGUGGUGGAGGCCUUUGCCUACCUGCAUUCCAAAGGAAUCAUCUACAGAGACCUCAAACCAGAGAACCUUAUUUUGGACCACAGGGGAUAUGCCAAACUGGUCGACUUUGGCUUCGCCAAGAAGAUCGGAUUUGGAAAGAAAACGUGGACCUUCUGCGGGACGCCGGAGUACGUAGCGCCAGAGAUCAUUCUGAACAAGGGCCACGACAUCUCAGCCGACUACUGGUCUCUAGGGAUCCUCAUGUUUGAGCUCUUAACUGGCAGCCCUCCCUUCUCUGGCCCCGAUCCUAUGAAAACCUACAACAUCAUCUUGAGAGGCAUCGACAUGAUCGAAUUUCCAAAGAAAAUUACCAAAAAUGCUGCCAACCUAAUAAAAAAGCUAUGCAGGGAUAAUCCUUCUGAACGACUGGGAAACUUGAAAAAUGGUGUCAAAGACAUUCAAAAGCACAAAUGGUUUGAGGGCUUUAACUGGGAGGGAUUGAAGAAGGGGACAUUGACGCCUCCUAUCAUCCCGAAUCUCACAUCCGCGGUCGACACGAGUAACUUUGACAGCUUCCCGGAGGACAACGAGGACCCGCCCCCCGAUGACAACUCCGGCUGGGACGUGGAUUUUUGAAGUCCUCCUCCCGACCUAAAACCAAAAGAAACUCUUCUUUUGCGGACAAGGCUACGUUGUAAAAAAAAUAAAAAAUAAACUGCUUAAAGAAGAAAGAGAGGAUAUGAAAAAAGAAGAUAAACGGAUGGAUGGCAAACCCUCUGGGUCACCGAUAUGCCUUUAUUUCACUGCGGCUCUGGAACAAGCAUUUAUAACGGGACUGCUGUAGCACUUCUUCAGUGUCGUCUUACACUUGGCUCUCAAAGCAGAGAAAGUGCAGGGAUACACACAUAUACACACAACCCGACGCAGGCUGAUAAUGGAGCCAGGUUUCCCCUUUGGAACAGGGAAAGAUGCGGAAGAGGUGAAUGGAUGUUGGAUAGUUUGUCUCUGUUUUGGUUAGAAGAUAAAUAAGAGCUCUGAGUGGACUGCUCAAAAAGAGAGGAGGCGGCUGAUGAUUGAUGUGUGUGUGUGUGUGUGUGAGUGUGUGUGUGUGUGAGUGUGUGAUUGUAUCUCCGCAAUAUUUGGUGAAAUGUGUGGAGGGUUGAAGAUGAUGUCACUGCAGCCGCUCGCUGCAAUCUCCGAUACUUUCCAGAGUUCAACACACUCCAGUUUGCGAUUAAAACUGGUAUCAAAGUGCUCAAGACUAAUCUGAAUGUCUCUGAUUUUAUUUUAAUUUCACAUCCUUCUGGCAUACAGCAUGCAUUGUAUUUUAAUUUACACGACGGCAGCAACAUCAACUACUUUAUUGAGAUCAACCUUGAAAAGCACAACCACUGUGCAUUCAGCGGAAAGAGACUUGACUCUGAAAAGUGCCCUGCUUAAUAUUUAAUGAAUCACCAACACACAUACAAUAUCAGCUCGUAUUUCCAUAAAGCAAUGUGUCAUUAUGCACUUAAGACCAUAAACUGAAAAUAAAUGAGCUGUUACAGCUAAUUUUAAGCUUCAUUACACUCUUUUUAUGUUAUUUGAUAUGCUUUGAUUCACUCAUAUGAAUGCUUCUCUACCUGCAUACUUCAUUUUAUUUUGAAAUCACCCAAAUGCCUCGUCCUCAGUUCGCCCCUGUAUAUUUCUGAUAUAACUGUGAACAUGGUUUCAAUGUCUUUGGUGCUGUUAUUGAUAAAUUAUAAUACGCGAUGGUGACAUGACAGUACAGGCUUUUGUUUUGUAAAGUGUUUUUUUGUGCUUGUUUCCUUUGUGACGUACUUGACUUCCUUCUAUCGAAUAAUUGGAGACCUGGAGUCCAUUUGUGAACUUUGAGUGAAGAUUUGUUUGAAAUCACUUGGCACCGUGAUACAUUGCGCAAAGUUGUAUUUUCAAGGUUUUAAAACAGCUUUGGUUCAUUCAUAUGAAUUAAUAAUCGUCGUCUUGAGAUGCAAAAGACUAGAUUCACACUCGAACUAUCUUGACUUAACUUCAUCUUAACCCUUGUGUUGCCUUCGGGUCAAUUUGACCCGAUUCAAUGUUUCACCCUCCUGUUACCUUUAUAUUUACUAACAUAUUUUACCCUUGAGGUCAAUAUGACCCCAGCUAUUAAAAUCUCCAGAAAAUUAUUUGAAUUAAUAUUGUUUUCCAAGUUUAAGUGUGAGGUACUUUAUGUUUGUUUGUUGACUCCCGAAAGAACACCGACAUUAAACAUUGAAUCGGGUCAAAUUGACCCGAAGGCGACAGGAGGGUUAAAUAUUGAAUCGGGUCAAAAUGGCCCGAAGGCAACACAAGGGUUAAGGAUAGUUGAGAAAAAUGUCUCCUAAAAACAAAGGAAAAAGAAUGAUAGGCAGAUUAUAUUGUGUUAAACUCGCAACUUUAAACACUAGCUUCAUCAUGAUCUCUCACACAGCUCAGCACUUCUCAUGCCCAACAAUCAGAGCAUAAAAUCUAAAGAAAUGUAAGUGCCUUAAAUCAACGGCAUACAAAAUUAACAUCACAAGUCCUAUUUCGAUGCUGCAUGAACACAUAUACACCUCAAACAACGUAUGUGUCCUCUUAAAUGGCUGCUUCUCAUCCUUUGUUAUAUCUAAUAAAUACACGAAUCGUCACGGAGAGAUAACGUCAUUUGAUGGCUGACGAAACUGCAACUUUGAAAUACAAUUUCUGCUUUUGAUUUCUCUCGCAGGAACAUUGUUAUCCUAAUUUACGGAAGAAAAUAUAGAUAUCUGAUCCGGCUGCAAUGACACGCUCAUCUCUACGGUGUGAAAAGGUCUCAUGAAGUCCAACCACAACUGGUCUGAUAGCAACAUGAACUGUAAAUCAGGCUUUGGGUGGACCGUCCAUCCAUCGCCUGUUUCAGCCAUGACAUCGGAGCAUGGGGAGAUCGCAGGAAUGAUUUGCAGUUUGGAACAUUUCACCGAUCGGAACGCCACAUUCCUCGACACGAUGGCGUUAAUCAUAAUGCAUCAUCGUCCAAAUUCGCAUUUUAUAUAACAACUGAACUCGUAUUUCAUCCCGGGAAGCCAAACAGACCGACACACUCACGUGAUAUACAUAUAUCGUUGAAUGAUGUCGAUGGAGAGCUGAGAAAUCGUAGUUCUGUUCGUAAGCCAUAAGUAUUUUUGCCGUAUUACGUCCAGGUUGUGUUUAUCUCAAAGCCUUAUGUACGCCAUGUGACCUGAUAUUUGCCUUGUGUUAUGUUGUUUAUUCUGCUGUAAAGUCAUUUUUGAAAAAUAAUUAUAGAGUAAAAACAAUACUUUUGA